AUGGGGCGUCGACAUGAGUUUGGGUUACCGUCUAGAAUAGUCUCUCGACGCAGGUUUCAAUUCCUGGCCUUCUUCAAAUGCCACGAAUUACCACGGAUACUCUUCGAACGUAUCUGCCAGCCUUCCAAGGUCUGGAACGUUGAAGGCGAAAUCGUCGAGUGCUCUGAGACGAUCAUUGGACUCGAUUCAGAUCUAGAGAAUAUAUUUCAAGAGGCAAAGGAUAAUGGAAUCAUCAGGUGUUUCGAGACGUUGUUGAGUCAAACCUAUGUCAUAGACGAAAGUUGGAAGCAGUGGUUAUCUUUCAAUACCGAUGAUAGAGCACGACGAAACAUACAGUUUAACAUAUUGGAGCUGGUAUUGAAGGCGUUUCCGACACCAUACACGGAAAUUUCGUGGAUGGAGGUAGAAAGCCAAAUGCUGGAUAUUGUGCAGACGACAUGUGUACCUUUUUUGUGUAUCCUUGACAUGAAAGAUGUCACAGACUAUUUAAAUGAUCGAGAUUUUGAUAGGGCAAAGAUGACCAGAUAUCUAGCUAUCUUAGCUAAAUUCCUUAUACGUCUUUCGAAACUGAUGGGGGAUAGUACUCCAGCAACAAUUGACCCCUUGAUAUCAAGUUGCCUUGAGUAUCUCAAAGAAUGGCCUGGGGUCAAAUCAUUACACCUAGCUCGCGCAAUCAAUCGUGAGCAGAUUGAAAAUCUUGACCAUUGUGGCAUAAACUAUUUGAAUGGAGUUAUAGGCCUUGGGUUAGCAUCGAUUCUUACAAGCGAAGAGUCCUCACACCGUUACAAACACAAUCACCAGAUUGACUGGCUCCCCUUCGAAACAUCUUCUGCAAACUCUACCAUUGAGUUAUUGGCUCAGGUAGAGUUAUAUGGAGCUAUAUCAUUAGCUACACUGCAAAGAGUUGUCUAUAAUGAUCUACCUUUGACGACCAGAGUUCUGAUUGCGUUUAGCGAGGUCAAGCUUGAAUCAUAUGACAAUGCGCGAAAUUUGCUCGAACCUGUCCUUUAUGAAGUCAAAAGGAUUUAUGGUUCUCAGUCUAUGGAAGUCUUUCUUGUUGGUACAACACUGGUAAAUUGUUUAAACAGAUGCCGAAUGGAAGCUUUAGCCGAGGAGUUAGUCAAUUCAAUAUUUAGAAAGGCAGUAAAUCAGCUGGAAAUGCCGACCACAACUCAAGAGUUUCUUAUUGGGCUCUCGACCAUACCCAAUCACUGUACUAACAGCGAAUUGUCCAUGGUUGUUGCAUUCGCUGAUUCUCUUCUCGGCCAAGGCAAACAUGAUGACGCCCUGUCUCUUUUUCAGGCUAUUUUGAAGAAGGGACGACCAGGCCGUGAGGACAUUACAAUGAGUGUAGCUCUAAGGAUAACAAAAAUAAUUCGCAGACUAAACAUCCAAUCUUCAACUAAUGAUACCCAAAACCUUGAACACAGUGAUGCCUGGAAAGUGCUCAGAGGUGUAUCAGAGCUCUAUCCCAGAGUUUCAAGCAUUCUAAAAUAUGCCUUUGUAGAAGAAGUUAUUUGCCAUCUGUCCCUUUUGGAAGAUAAAGAUACACGACAAAGAUUCGUGGCAUCGGAGAUCAUCAAAGUGUUGAAUCUAGAAUCGACACCCUACAAAGGGUCUGAGAGUUCGAGGAUAAGCUUUUUUGAAAAUCUGCAAACCAUAAAUCAAUACGCAGAACAGCUCAAGUCCCAGCUAAUUAAAAAGGAACCGGAGUCGCUUACUGGAAAGAUGACACAACGAUUCUCUGAUACUACUGUAGAUCUUGUCGAAAUGAUUAGCCCUCAUGAAACUCAAUCUAUCACCCCAAAAUCAACCAACAAUACCGCAUUUCAUCAGGCUCUCUCUCCAAGAACUUCAAGGCCAGGAUUGACCGCAGCUGAAGAAAAGGCAAAAGCAGCAUUGCGCGCAGCCAGUCCAGAUAGACCAAGUCAGUCUUCUAUUGAUGAUUACAUCAGGCAUUUGGGAAUCGGCUGGUCAAAGUUAAGCAUUGAUAAAGAUAUUCAAACUAUGGUUUGUGAUUGGACUAAAUAUAUCGAGAAUCAUUAUCCUAUCAAUAAUGCUAUUAUUCGAUUACAAAAUAGAGGAUUAGCUAGUUAUCUCAUUGAAGCUCAAGAAGGAUAUUUCUUAUUUGGAGAUGACUUCAAACAAAGUAGACUUAUAAGCACUAGCUUGGAAAAGACUUUUCAAAAUCUUCAAAGAUCAGUUCCAAUAUUUGAAGGAACUACAGUACUUGAAGCUAGCGAAAUAUCCAAGGAGGCUAAUAGUCCAGUUAUAAAUGCUAUAACAAACGAAUAUAUUGAAGAAAUGACAAUAGAUAGAAUUCCUACAAUUAGUCUCCCUAACUAUAUAGAGGUUGAGAUAGAUAUGAAUUAA